UGUCGCCGAGCAGCGGCCCGGUGUACCGUCGAGACCCGGACCAGCGCAGCUCAACCCUGCAAACUGCCGCCCCGCCGGGCCCCGUGGGAAGGGACCCCCCAAGAGACCCCGCGAGGGGUCCCCCACCCGACUGCAACGCCGGAGUCCAGCCCCAAACCCUGCACCCCACCCCCACCAACGGACAGCAGGUCUCCACUGCAGACGUAAGAGUUGGACCGAUGAGACUGACACAGGAUCCCAUUCAGGUUUUGCUGAUCUUCGCCAAGGAAGACAAUCAGAGUGAUGGGUUCUGGUGGGCGUGCGACAAAGCCGGCUAUUGGUGCAAUAUUGCUCGGACCCCAGAGUCAGCCCUGGAAUGUUUCCUGGAUAAGCACCAUGAAAUAAUCGUAAUCGAUCACCGCCACACCCGGCACUUUGAUGCAGAAGCUGUCUGCAGGUCCAUCCGUGCCACGAACCCAUCAGAGCACACGGUGAUCCUGGCGGUCGUCUCACCACCGUCAGGGGACCAAGAAGAGUCAUCUGUCCUUCCUCUUCUGCACGCAGGCUUCAACCGGAGAUUCAUGGAGAAUAGCAGUGUCAUUGCAUGCUACAAUGAGCUGAUUCAGAUAGAACACGGGGAAGUCCGAUCACAUUUCAAAUUGCGAGCUUGUAACUCAGUAUUUACAGCGUUAGACCACUGCCAUGAAGCCAUCGAAAUCACAAGCGAUGACCACAUCAUUCAGUAUGUUAACCCAGCGUUCGAGCGGAUGAUGGGCUACCACAAAGGGGAGCUCAUAGGAAAAGAACUCACCGAGCUGCCCAAGAGCGAUAAAAACCAUGCAGACCUCCUGGAUACCAUCAAUACCUGUAUCCAAAAGGGAAAGGAGUGGCAAGGAAUUUACUAUGCAAGAAGAAAAUCAGGAGACAGCAUUCAGCAGCAUGUGAAGAUAACACCGGUGAUUGGGCAAGGAGGGAAAAUAAGACAUUUUGUGUCCCUCAAGAAAUUGUGCUGCACCGGUGACAACAAAAAGCAGAUCCACAAGAUCCGUCGUGAUUCAGCAGACAACUCCACGUCAGAGUCACACUCAUUCCGUUACAAGAACAGGAGGAAAGAGUCGAUUGACGUCAAAUCGAUAACGUCUCGGAGCAGCGACGCCCCCAGCUUGCAGCACCGCCGGCAUCCGUCCGUGGCGAGGAUCCACUCCAUGACCAUUGAGGCUCCGAUCACGAAGGUCAUCAACAUCAUCAACGCUGCCCAAGAGAACAGCCCCGGCACGGUUGCCGAGGCCUUGGACCGAGUGCUGGAGAUCCUGCGGACCGCUGAGCUCUACUCCCCACAGCUGGGCGCCCGGGGCCAGGACCCGCAUGCCAGCGAUCUCGUCGGAGGCCUGAUGACCGAUGGCUUGAGAAGGCUCUCGGGGAAUGAGUACGUGUUCUCCAAGAACGUGCACCACAGUCACAACCACCUCUCCCUGCCGGUCGCUGUCAACGACGCCCCACCGCACAUCGCUCAGCUGCUCGCCCACGAGGAGAGCUGGGACUUCAACAUCUUUGAGUUGGAAGCGGUGACCCAUAGACGGCCGCUGGUGUAUCUAGGCUUGAAGGUCUUCGGCCGGUUUGGCGUGUGCGAGUUCUUGAACUGUUCAGAAGCCACACUCCGGGCCUGGCUGCAGGUGAUGGAAGCCAAUUACCACACCUCCAAUGCCUAUCACAACUCUACCCACGCUGCCGACGUGCUGCACGCCACUGCCUUCUUCCUGGGCAAGGAGAGAGUGAAGGGCAGCCUGGACCAGCUGGACGAGGUCGCUGCGCUGAUCGCCGCCACCGUCCACGAUGUGGAUCACCCUGGCCGCACCAAUAGCUUCCUGUGCAACGCGGGCAGCGAGUUGGCCGUGCUGUACAACGACACGGCCGUGCUAGAGAGCCACCACUCAGCCCUGGCCUUCCAGCUCACCACUAAGGACAGCAAGUGCAACAUCUUCAAGAACAUCGACAGGAAUCACUACCGGACGCUGCGCCAGGCCAUCAUCGACAUGGUGUUGGCCACCGAGAUGACCAAGCACUUUGAGCACGUGAGCAAGUUUGUGAACAGCAUCAACAAGCCCCCAGCUGCCGACGAGACCAACACCAAUAGUGAGGGCAGCAACUGUGAGUGUCCGUCCAGUAGCCGGAACUUCCCUGAGACCCAAAUCCUGAUCAAGCGCAUGAUGAUCAAGUGCGCGGACGUGGCCAACCCCUGCCGGCCUCUGGAGCUCUGCAUCGAGUGGGCCGGCAGGAUCUCAGAGGAGUACUUCGCCCAGACAGAUGAAGAGAAGAGGCAAGGGUUGCCAGUUGUCAUGCCAGUUUUCGACCGCAAGACGUGCAGCAUCCCCAAGUCGCAGAUCUCCUUCAUCGACUACUUCAUAACGGACAUGUUUGAUGCGUGGGACGCCUUUGCACACCUGCCAGCCUUGAUGCAACACUUGGCCGAUAACUACAAACACUGGAAAACGCUAGACGAGUUAAAGUGCAAGAGCCUCAGGCUCCCGUCUGAUGACUGAUGCCGAGGCCCAGGACUCCUCAACUUCCCCGUGAACCCCAUCAGAGUAUAAAGGAGAGAGACAGACACUGCACGUAACACGGAGCUUACAACCGUAGGUCACUCUGUUUAAUGUGCUCGCCUGGGAUUGCCUCCGGCUGCCAAUAGGACAUUUCCAGGAGGCUACGUACUCUGAGGAGAAAUAAAUGUUCUACUGGACAAUCAUUUUGUGGCAGAGCACAUACUUGGCAGGCUCAUCUGCCAUGUUCUCACCUGGCAUGACCAGGCCCCCUUUCACUGCCAGGGAACAUCUGAGACUGGGGAGUGGUGGGGAGGGGGAAAAUCACUGUAUACAAAAACUUGUAUGAGGCUGGAGAACCCCAGCAUAGUUUAGCCAACAUUGAAGUAACUUUCUUGUGUGCUAGUCCCUUCCCCCUCAGCUGCUGGGCUUCCUUUAAAGUGCUCCUUGGAUUGAAUAGCUCUAUGGCAAAGCUUCAUGGAAAUAAGGCCACCUCACCCAAAAACCCCAGGAAGAUUGGGGGAGGGAGGGUGCGUGAGGUUCCUGUUUUCUGACCUCCAAAGGAAGCCAUGGUAUGGCACUGAGUAUAUCUGACAAAAAGCCAUUUCAACCUGGAUGUCUAAUCAACUUUUUUUUAAACAAGAGAUUUUUGUAUGCUAUCACUAUUUUAAGGAUUUUAUUACAUCGAUCUACUUACACUUCCCAGGUCCACGACCACGCUGCAGUGUGUUUAUGCAAGAGGCCGUACGUACCUAUGAACUUGUGUAUUUUCUUUGAAACAGGUCUCGAGGUUCAGAUGCUUUUUGCCCACGCACUCUGGACAUAGCUAUUUUUGCUUUCAAUGAUGUAAAAAUAGUACAAAAUGUGUAAAUAUUCUAAAGACUGAGCUUUUGGGGUGCAGUUUUAAAGUAUAAAAUGUAUGCUUAAAAAGCUUCCAAAGCAUAGAUCCAUAUUUUUAUACAUUUCAGUCAGCCUACUGUACACAACACUAAUUUGGACUGUAGUUCCUCUUUCCCCUUUUACCAUUCUGUCUUGAAAUCCCAGCCCUAGAACUGCAUCUGAUGUUUCUUUUUUAAGCCCUGUGCAUUCCCAGGUACCUAUUUUGAGAGACUGAAGAUCGCAGCUACACAAGCUGGGUGGUAGCAUGCUGUUGUGUAAGACUGAACACCACCAAGGCAAAAGAAGUAGGGCUGGCACAGAUUUUGUACUCUAAUCACAAGUAUUCCCCGGGGACAAGGGAAAAAAGGUCAAUAACUGACAUCAUCAUCAUCAUCAUCAAUCGUAUUUAUUGAGCGCUUACUGUGUGCAGAGCACUGUACUAAGCGCUUGGGAAGUACAGGUUGGCAACAUCUAGAGACAGUCCCCGUGCCAACAUCUUUUCUAUGUUUUGUACCAACAAAUGGAAACAUUCAUGAAUUUUCCACGCAAAGAAAUGUACAUAAGCUCUAUUUUUGUUAGGAUUGUAAUAGAACUGAGUUGGCUUUGUAUCCUAUUGCCGCAUUGUAUAUAUUUGGAAAAAAUGGUUUGAUUGUAAAGAGGCUGUAACUAUUGUUCCUAGGCCUGAGCCCCUCUCUCAACAGCUACUUUGAUUGGACCUAUUUUGACGUAAAUGCUUUUCUGAUUUUAA